GUACUGCACACAUCUCAUUUUCCCAGAUCCAAUCCGAAUCUUAACGCAAACACAUUCAGCUUCACUGUGUGUACACCGUCAAUGGUGGAGGCUCAGUCAUGGACCACUCGCCGGAGCAGCAAUCCUAGGUUAGAAACCUCCGUCGACAUCCCGACCACGCCCACCGGUGAAGUCCGUUACGGCACCAGCAACAACAUUUUCGCGGCCUUAUCUAUCACAUCAGUCGUUUCUCCGACAAUCUUAACGGCUCUGAUCAUCGCGUCAUGGUACUUAUCCAACAUCGGCGUCCUCCUCCUCAACAAAUACCUUCUCAGCUUCUAUGGUUUCAGAUACCCGAUCUUCCUCACAAUGCUUCACAUGAUCUCCUGUACUUUCUACAGCUUGAUCGCAAUCCGGUGGUUCCAGAUCGUUCCGUUUCAACAGAUUUCAUCUCGAAAGCAGUUUUUUAAAAUAUUCGCAUUAUCCGCAAUUUUCUGCUUCUCAGUCGUUUGUGGAAAUACCUCACUCAGAUACCUGCCUGUUUCAUUCAACCAAGCUAUUGGAGCAACGACGCCAUUUUUCACAGCGAUCUUCGCUUUCCUGAUCACUUGUAAGAAGGAGUCUGCUGAGGUAUACUUCGCUUUAAUGCCAGUUGUAUUCGGAAUCGUUUUGGCGAGUAACAGCGAACCAUUGUUUCAUUUGUUUGGAUUUUUGAUGUGCGUGGGAUCCACCGCUGGCAGAGCGUUGAAGUCGGUGGUUCAAGGAUUGUUGUUGACGUCGGAUUCGGAGAAACUCCAUUCAAUGAAUCUCUUAUUGUAUAUGGCGCCAAUGGCGGCCGCGAUUUUGUUACCUUUUACUUUGUAUAUAGAAGGGAAUGUGUUGGGCAAGACAUUAGAGAAAGCGAAAAGUGAUUCGUUUAUGGUGUUUUUGUUGAUCGGUAAUGCUACAGUGGCGUAUUUGGUGAACUUGACGAACUUUUUGGUGACGAAGCAUACGAGUGCAUUGACAUUGCAGGUGUUAGGAAACGCCAAGGCUGCUGUUGCAGCGGUGGUUUCUGUAAUGAUUUUCAAAAAUCCGGUGACGGCGAUGGGGAUUUCCGGUUUCGGGGUGACGAUAAUGGGAGUAGUGCUUUACAGCGAGGCAAGAAAAAGAUCUAAAGUCACAGUUCACUGACAGCCAAAAAGAAAAUUCACUGGUGCACGUUCUUUUCCUCUUGCUGUCAUUUGAUCAUUGAUGCCUAUUUAAUUUCAUUUCUUUCUCAACUUAAUUGAAAGCAAAGAACAUCACACGAUUAGAUUGUAUAGUAUUUCAUAUUACUGUAUACCAUUCAUUUACAGAACAUUCCCCUGUUUCUGUCUGUACCUUUUUACACGUUAUCAGCAACAUGAAGUUAGAAUACAAAUUUCCUGAA